GUGUAGGUUGAUCAUCGUGCGCUAAAAUUCAUGGCGCAUCACGUGCGAUCUUUUAUGGACGUAGCUCGCCCCCGGAACUCAACGUCUUCAUCGACAUCGAAAUCACGCGUCGCAAGGCUCAAGUGACUCAAGAAACACGUUCGAGGCACCAAUAUCUGCCAAUUGAUACUGGGUGCCCCCUGCUUCCGCGGCUAUGCCUGCGCAAACGAUGUCAGGCGUUCCUUAUAGCUCGGCUGUCGUAGAUCCCGCCUACUGGACCCACGACCAGUUAUCGUCACUGGCUCCGCAAGUCUCGCCCGGAGGCUCAUCAAUCCACGACAGUGUUCAUAGUAAUACUCAAUCUCCGCCAGCUCAAACGCCUCCGUCGGAUAGCAGCAGAACGAACUCGACCAGCGGCCAGACGAGUAGCCAAAAAGAGCCACUAAGGGCAUCUGUCGCUGUCGCAUGCGUUCCCUGUCGCAGUAGACAUCUAAAAUGCGACGGUGGCGUACGUUGUUCAAGAUGCAAGGCUGAUGGAGUCGAGUGUACUUACAUCAAAUCUCGAAGAGGAUGGAAAGGGAAAAGAAAGGGCAAACCUGACGAGGCCGGCGCGACUUUAGCCGUUCAUGAUGUACCGGUACAGGAAGUGCCUACCAGCAGCGGUCACUUAUCGUCACCUGAAGUCUCCUACAGCAGCAGCCUCAGCAGCCCCAUUAACGGACAUCAUCUUAUCCACACUGUCACCCCUCCGGUCCAACUUAACCUCAACGGAAUCGCAAGAGUGAACCGUUUUGGUCAUGUUGGCCCUGAGACCGCCACCCAAGCGUUUUAUCACUACUUCUACAACUCGCAUCCAUUUUGUCUGCCGGAGCCUAGAUUGGCGGAGGUUUUCAAACGACGCCUGGCCCCUCUACUGGAAUUAGCCAUUCAGUUUCUCGGAUCAAGUUACAUACCAGCAGUGCCGACGGAUAUGUACAAGGAAGCCCUAGAUCGCCAAAUCAAUAGCGGCAAUUAUCCAAGAGACGGUUAUUCGGUGCAAGCGUUGCUACUUUUCUCCAUUGGUCUUCAUGCGCACAACGAGGUCCCACGAGCUGCUCAGAUAUUCGCCACUGCGCAAACACUCACGCUCGAACUCCGUCUCAAUUGCAUGGAGUAUGCCAUUAUACACGGAGAGAAUGACUCACAGAUCCAAGAAAGCUGGCGGCGAACAUGGUGGUCCAUGUUCACUGUCAACGGGAUGAUGUGUGCGGUCAAUCCAGGAGUGCAGUUUAGGCUGAAAGACGUCGCGACUGAUGUUCCGCUACCAUGCGAGAACCACCAGUAUUUCUCAGGUUACAUCCCCUACCCCAACACUCUCGAAGAUUACGACGACUCCGCCUUUCUCCCCACCAUCCCUGUCUUCAGCUCUUUCGCCUAUCUCAUCGACGCAAUCCGGAUUCUAGGAAAAGUCUUCGAGUGCGCAGGCCUAGACUCACACUUUGAAUACCAUGCCGUCGAUGUUGUAGACCAGUAUCUCUGCAACUGGCGCUUACAUCUCCCCACGUCAAAACUCGACAUUGUCAACAACGACGGUGUCGUCGACGAAGUUCUCUUCCAAGCACACAUGGUGAACUCGGGGAGUACCAUCAUGCUGCACCGUCCGCGAUCGAAUCUCGGCUUCGGAAGGGUGGAAGGCGUAAACAUAUGCGUCCAACCAGGCCAAGUGCUCCUGCCCACGCAAACGCGAGAAAUCCACACGGCAAAAUGCCUCACAUCUGCCGAGAACAUCGCCGCUUUAAUCCGACUUCCGGGCGCCCUUCUCAACCACACGCCGUUCUUCACCUGCGUCGUCGUGAUGGCUUCUGUAGUGCAUCUAUCCUAUUGGUCUUUCCUCGUCCCGGACGGCCAGGACGAUAUUGUCAAACAGUCCAUUCGUCUGGAUGUCGGCACCCUGCAGCAAUACUCCAACACGUGGCCAAUUGCGAGUGUGGUCCUCGGCCAGGUGAGGGGCGUCGCACACACGCUAUUCAACAGCAAGAAGGCGAUGAGCAUCCAUCUUUGGAGCAAUAUCGCACAGGGCGACGUUAUAAGAAACGUCAUCGAAGAGGGUGUAAAUGUGCCGCCCCAGCAGUAUGCGCAGUUGAUCGCUCCAAUGUUAAAAUCGUAGAGACGUCGAAGUAUCUACGCUUGUCGAUGCUGCAAACUUGGCUUGUCUUGUCGCCCUUUGAGCGAGUCAUUGAGCACGACCUAUUCUUUUCUUGGUUAUUUGUUCGCGCCUACAUUUGUAAAAGUAUGUCUGCUCUCAGAUACUUUACCACCCAUCGUUUGAGGUCAGGCGUUCUGUCGUAUUUAGCCAGCGAAGCGGUGUAUAACGUCAUGUUACUUUACGAAUCUGGAAACCCAUUUAACGAAGGAUGUGGGUGUUGUCGAGAUGUUG